GUACGCAUUGCGAACAUCGAACAAUGCACUAAUUGCUAACUAUAUCAGGGCAUUGGCUAUCUUCAUUGCAUCGACAUUUGUGUUCGUCUCGUUUCAUGUGAAGGCGAUGAGGUAUAAAAUUCGCUUGUACUAGGCGCCGUAAUAUGUGGCUGAUGGGCGACAGGUUCCUCAUACUCACGGUUCCCUUGGUGUUUAUACUUGUGGUGAUCAUGGCCCCAUGGCCUCAGCUCUCAGUCGAGUAUUUCGCGGUGCGGAUACCUCCUUUAUUGACCGUGUCGGUUGGCUUAGCCGUGUUCGUAGCAGAACAUCUUCCAGCCAUAUACAAAUUUCUGAAACUGCCCGAGACGGAUCAGCCCAACCACAGCGGAGCCGAAGCUUUCCAACAAGCGCCAUUUUCGCAUCUGAAAGAACACGAGCUGUGCUGCAUGGCAGGGCCGCCUAGCCGCAACGCGUCAAGUCACACCUCGGAUCCCUCACUCUCGGAGCGAGGGGUGGUGAGAUCGGAGUGGAAUUCAGAGAUCCGCCAAUUUUUUGUCACCUCGGGAUCUGGCCAUGCGAACGACACAAUCGCGAGUAUACCUUCACACAGCAUGGACCACUUCAUCCAUGGCAACGAAAAAAAAGACCGAUUGCCGCCGCAGUAACUUCAGACACGCUGGACCGGGAAGUCUCGACUGGAUCGGGGUCGCCAGUCAAACCCCCCCCAGACCCCAUUGUAACAU